AUGACUUAUUUUCUAGGUGGUAUAUCGAAAUAUUCAGGUGGUGAAGUAAAAUAUUAUCCAGGUUUUCAUUAUGUUCAAACACCGAAUGAAGUUGAACGUUUUGAAAAUGAUUUAAGACGAUAUUUACAAAGAAAAAUUGGAUUCGAAGCUGUUAUGCGUUUACGAUCACCACCAGCUCUUUCAAUUCAUACAUUCCAUGGAAAUGGUUUUGUUCGUUCUGUUGAUUUACUUGUUUUACCAAAUAUAAAUCCUGAUGCAGCAUAUGGAAUGCAAGUAUCUAUUGAUGAUUCAUUAGCGCAAUAUAAAACAGUAGCAUUUCAAGUAGCACUUCUUUAUACAUCAAGCAAAGGUGAAAGACGAAUUCGAGUACAUACACUUUCAUUACCGGUUAGUGCUAAUUUAACCGAUAUAUUUGCAAAUGCGGAUCAAGAAGCCGUAGUUUCAUUAGUUGCAAAAAUGGCGGCUGAUCGAUCAGCAACAUCAUCAUUACAAGAAGCACGAGAAGCAAUAUGUAACGUUGCUUGUGAUGUUCUUAAAGCAACAAUGCCGAAUAAUACGUCAAAUCGAGGAUUUUCACUUGUUGUACCUAAUUCCUUACGAUUGUUACCUCUAUAUGUGUUAAGCAUGAUUAAAUCGACGGCAUUUCGAGCUGGUAGUGCAACAAAAAUUGAUGAUCGAGCAUAUUAUUUAGAUUUAUGUAAAACAUUACCAACGCAAUAUUUAAUGCAAAUAUUUUAUCCAGAUCUAUAUCCAAUUCAUACCAUUGAGGAUAAGAGUCAAAUACUUCAAGAUGGUGAAGAUGAAUUACAUGUACCUGAACGUGUUCAGUUAUCAUUUCAAUAUAUUGAUUCACAUGGCGCUUAUAUACUUGAUACAAGUGAAUAUAUUUAUAUUUAUAUAGGUAAAGCAAUAAGUGAUCAUUUUGUGCAAAAUGUUUUCAAUGUUCAAACAUUUUCGGCUUUACCAUUUGAUUCAUAUUCAUUACCAGACUUAGACAAUCCAUUAUCAUCGAAAAUUCAUAAUUUUUUAACUUAUCUUAUUCAAAGUCGACCAAAUGGUACUGCAAUACAUAUUAUGAGGGAAGAUUCAUCAAAUCGAUAUUUAUUUACACGUUAUCUUGUGGAUGACAAAUCUGAAUCGACAAUGUCUUACGUGGAAUUUAUACGUUAUAUUCGAGAACAGAUUACUAAAUGA